AUGGCAUACCAUCCAUUGAUAAUUGUCUCUGGCAUUCUAGGUAACAUCCUCUCUUUCAUGGUGUACCUUGCGCCUCUGCCAACGUCUGUUCGGGUUUACAGAAAGAAAUCGACUGAAGGGUUUCAGUCGAUUCCAUAUGUUGUUGCACUAGUCAGCACAGUGCUUUGGAUAUACUAUGCCACACUAAAACCCAAUGCUUACCUUCUCAUGACCAUCAAUUCCAUUGGUUGCGUUGUGGAAACUAUCUACAUCAUUUUCUUCAUCAUUUACGCUCCAAAGAAAGCUAGGGUAUAUACUAAAUUUUGGACUUUGAAGCUGCUUCUGUUACUCAAUUUUGGAGGCCUUCUCUUGAUCCUUCUUCUUACACAUUUCUUCUCCAAAGGAACAACCCGAAUCCAUAUUGUUGGAUGGUUUUGUGUAGUAUCAUCAGCAGGUGUUUUUGCAGCGCCUUUGAGCAUAAUGAGGUUGGUCGUUCACACCAAAAGCGUGGAGUUCAUGCCAUUCAGUUUAUCAUUUUUCCUCACCUUGAGUGCCAUUAUGUGGUUGAUCUAUGGCCUCCUUCUAAAAGACUUCUAUAUAUCUCUCCCAAACACAGUGGGAGUUGUUUUAGGGAUGAUCCAAAUGGUACUAUACGUAGUCUACAAAAAGUACAAGAACAAUGUAAAAAAUGAGCAGAUCAAGCAACCGGCACAAGCACUUGUGAAUGGAAAGAACUUAGAACAGAUACAAGCUUCCAAUACCCACUCCUCGCUGCAAGUUUCCGGUAAUGUUGAAGUUGUCAGAGAUGAAAAUCAGCAUGACCCUCAAUUAGAACAUGAUGAUAAAAGCAUGGAAAGCACCAAUAAUCAAGCUGAACCCGAAUCCGAUUGA